CUGGUCUCUCUCUCAUAGGUUCUUCUUCAAUCACCGCAGAAAAACACAGUGCAAUUCAAAUCUCUACGAGAGUCGUUGCCUACAAAUUAACUCAAUCAAGCUAGGGUUUCUGUUCAGUUCGAUUUCACCAUGGCUCGUAAUGAAGAGAAAGCUCAAUCGAUGCUCAACAGGUUCAUAACCAUGAAAGCCGAGGAGAAAAAGAAGCCGAAAGAGCGUCGACCUUUCUUAGCCUCCGAAUGCCGGGACCUAUCCGACGCCGACAAGUGGCGUCAGCAAAUCAUGCGUGAAAUCGGCCGGAAAGUCGCCGAAAUCCAAAACGAGGGGUUGGGCGAACACCGUCUUCGUGAUCUCAACGACGAAAUCAACAAACUAAUUCGCGAAAAAAUGCACUGGGAACGGCGAAUUGUUGAGUUAGGGGGGCAUAAUUACUCAAGAUAUUCAGCUAAAAUGACUGAUCUGGAAGGAAAUAUAGUCGAUGUUCCAAACCCUAGCGGACGUGGACCAGGGUAUAGAUACUUUGGGGCGGCGAAGAAGCUUCCUGGCGUGAAGGAGUUGUUUGAGAAGCCACCGGAGUUAAGAAAACGAAGAAGCAGGUACGAUAUCUACAAAAGAAUUGAUGCAAGCUAUUACGGGUACAGAGAUGAUGAAGAUGGGAUUUUGGAGAAAGUGGAGGCUGAGGCUGAGGAGAAUAUGAGGGCUGAGGCGGUGGCAGAGUGGAUGAGAAUGGAGGAGAUUAAGAAGGAGGCAAGGAAGGCAGUGAAGAGCGGAGAGGUGGCGGAGGUAGGCGGUGCAGCCAAGACCAUACUGUAUGAAGAGGAGGAGGAUGUGGUGGAAGAAGAGAGGAUGAAGGAGAGGGAGUUGGAAGAAAAAGAGAAGGAGAAAGAGUUUGUUGUACAUGUGCCAUUGCCUGAUGAGAAGGAGAUUGAAAGAAUGGUGUUGGAGAAGAAGAAGAAGGAUUUGUUGAGCAAGUAUGCAAGUGAGAAUCUUUUGGAAGAACAGAUUGAAGCUAAGGCAAUGCUCAAUAUUCAUCGGUAGCUUGGUAUGCUUUCUUUUCAAUCUUCAAUUUCUGCAAUUCUAGUUUCUUUUUUGUAUGAUUUCUUUAUGCUUUUAGUGUAUGAUUAUCUCAGUUUUUCAUUACUUUUGCUACCCUUGCCUAUGAUGCCAUGAGAUGUUUCUUUGACUUUAUUCACAAAAUACAGUUCUAUUACAGAA